AGGAGGCGGCGAUCCCGGCGGAGGGGGCCGUUCGCCAGCUCGGAGGCAGAAAGUGCCACGACUCCACACGCGCGCACGCAGCCAGCGAGCGGCCGGAGCGGACGGCAGACGGGGCGGACGGCGUCGGGGUCGCGGUGCCUGCAUCUGCUCGGGAACUGCUUCUCAGUGGAGGCUCGGCCGGCUCCUCUCUCACGGUUCCGCGGCGGCGGCGAAGGCGGCGGCUCCAGCCCUCUCGCUCUCCCUCUCGCGUCUCCGGCUGCAGGUGAAAGGGAAGCGAGCCAGAAUGGACAUUUACGACAGUCAGACCUUGGGGGUUGUGGUCUUUGGCGGAUUCAUGGUUGUUUCUGCCAUUGGCAUCUUCCUGGUGUCGACUUUCUCCAUGAAGGAAACGUCAUAUGAAGAAGCCUUAGCCAACCAGCGCAAGGAGAUGGCAAAAACUCACCACCAAAAAGUAGAGAAGAAAAAGAAGGAGAGAACAGUGGAAAAGAAAGGGAAGACCAAGAAAAAGGAAGAGAAACCCAACGGCAAGAUACCUGACCAUGAGCUAGCACCCAACAUGACCAUCCUCCUUAGAGAGCCAGUGCGGGCACCUGCCAUGGCUGUGGCUCCAACCCCAGUCCAGCUUCCCAUGGUCAUUGCCCCUGUUGCCACAGUGCCAGCCAUGCCCCAGGAGAAGCCGGCCUCCUCCCCUAAGGACAAAAAGAAGAAGGAGAAAAAAGUGGCAAAAGUGGAACCAGCAGUCAGUUCUGUAGUGAAUUCCAUCCAGGUUCUUGCGUCAAGAACCAUCUUGGAAACCUCUCCCAAGGAGGUGCCCAUGGUGGUUGUGCCGCCAGUGGGUGCCAAGGCCAGUACCCCAGCCACCAGCACUGCUCAGGGCAAAAAGGCCGAGGGCGCCCAGAACCAGGGCAAGAAGGCCGAGGGGGCCCAGAACCAGGGCAAGAAGGCCGAGGGGGCCCAGAACCAGGGCAAGAAGGCCGAGGGGGCCCAGAACCAGGGCAAGAAGGCCGAAGGCGUCCAGAACCAGGGCAAGAAGGCCGAGGGGGCCCAGAACCAGGGCAAGAAAGCCGAGGGCACCCAGAACCAGGGCAAGAAGGCCGAGGGCACCCAGAACCAGGGCAAGAAGGCCGAGGGGGCCCAGAACCAGGGCAAGAAGGCCGAGGGCGCCCAGAACCAGGGCAAGAAGGCCGAGGGGGCCCAGAACCAGGGCAAGAAGGCCGAGGGCGUCCAGAACCAGGGCAAGAAGGCCGAGGGGGCCCAGAACCAGGGCAAGAAGGCCGAGGGGGCCCAGAACCAGGGCAAGAAGGCCGAGGGGGCCCAGAACCAGGGCAAGAAGGCCGAGGGUGUCCAGAACCAGGGCAAGAAGGCCGAGGGGGCCCAGAACCAGGGCAAGAAGGCCGAGGGGGCCCAGAACCAGGGCAAGAAGGCCGAGGGGGCCCAGAACCAGGGCAAGAAGGCCGAGGGCGCCCAGAACCAGGGCAAGAAGGCCGAGGGGGCCCAGAACCAGGGCAAGAAGGCCGAGGGGGCCCAGAACCAGGGCAAGAAGGCCGAGGGCGCCCAGAACCAGGGCAAGAAGGCCGAGGGGGCCCAGAACCAGGGCAAGAAGGCCGAGGGCGCCCAGAACCAGGGCAAGAAGGCCGAGGGGGCCCAGAACCAGGGCAAGAAGGCCGAGGGGGCCCAGAACCAGGGCAAGAAGGCCGAGGGGGCCCAGAACCAGGGCAAGAAGGCCGAGGGGGCCCAGAACCAGGGCAAGAAGGCCGAGGGGGCCCAGAACCAGGGCAAGAAGGCCGAGGGCGCCCAGAACCAGGGCAAGAAGGCCGAGGGCGCCCAGAACCAGGGCAAGAAGGCCGAGGGCGCCCAGAACCAGGGCAAGAAGGCUGAGGGCGCCCAGAACCAGGGCAAAAAAGUGGAAGGGGUUCCCAACCAGGGGAAAAAGGCUGAGGGGGGUCAGAAUCAGGGCAAAAAGGCAGAUGGGAGUCCCAACCAGGGCAAAAAGGCGGAUGGGAGUCCGAACCAGGGCAAAAAAGCAGAGGGGACCCCCAACCAGGGCAGAAAGGCAGAUUCAGUUGCUAAUCAGGGCACGAAGGCAGAGGGUGUUACGAACCAGGGGAAAAAAGCAGAGGGGGUCCCCAGUCAAGGCAAAGGGGCAGAGGGAACACCAAACCAGGGCAAAAAGGCAGAAGGGUCCCCCAACCAAGGCAAGAAGGUGGAUGCGGCUGCUAAUCAGGGUAAAAAGAGAGAGUCACCUCCCAUCCAGGGCAAAAAUACAGAUAUGGUCCAGAGCCAGGAGGCACCAAAGCAAGAGGCUCCUGCAAAGAAGAAGUCUGGUUCAAAGAAAAAAGGUGAUCCUGGGCCCCCAGAUUCUGACAGCCCUCUCUACCUCCCCUACAAGACACUGGUCUCCACGGUUGGGAGCAUGGUGUUCAACGAGGGAGAGGCCCAGCGGCUCAUCGAGAUCCUGUCUGAGAAGGCUGGCAUCAUUCAGGACACCUGGCAUAAGGCCACUCAGAAGGGCGACCCUGUGGCAAUUCUGAAACGCCAGCUGGAAGAGAAAGAAAAGCUGCUAGCCACAGAGCAGGAAGACGCGGCUGUGGCCAAGAGCAAGCUGCGGGAGCUCAACAAGGAGAUGGCUGCAGAAAAAGCCAAGGCGGCAGCCGUGGAGGCCAAGGUGAAGAAGCAGCUGGUGGCGCGGGAGCAGGAGAUCACGGCUGUGCAGACGCGCAUGCAGGCCAGCUACCGGGAGCACGUGAAGGAGGUGCAGCAGCUGCAGGGCAAGAUACGGACUCUUCAGGAGCAGCUGGAGAACGGCCCCAACACCCAGCUGGCCCGUCUGCAGCAGGAGAACUCCAUCCUGAGGGACGCCCUGAACCAGGCCACAAGCCAGGUGGAGAGCAAGCAGAAUGCGGAGCUGGCCAAGCUCCGGCAGGAGCUCAGCAAGGUCAGCAAGGAGCUGGUGGAGAAGUCGGAGGCCGCACGGCAGGAGGAGCAGCAGCGGAAGGCUCUGGAAGCCAAGGCAGCUACCUUCGAGAAACAGGUCCUGCAACUGCAGGCAUCGCACAAGGAGAGCGAGGACGCCCUGCAGAAGCGGCUGGAUGAGGUCAGCUGGGAACUCUGCCGCACACAGACCAGCCACGCCAGCCUCCGGGCAGACGCUGAGAAGGCCCAGGAGCAGCAGCAGCAGAUGGCCGAGCUGCACAGCCAGUUACAGUCCUCUGAAGCAGAGGUGAGGAGCAAAUGUGAGGAGCUGAGUGGUCUCCACGGGCAGCUCACGGAGGCCAGGGUGGAAAACUCCCAGCUCAUGGAGAGAAUCCGAUCCAUCGAGGCCCUGCUAGAGGCGGGCCAGGCCCGGAAUGCCCAGGCCAGCCGAGAGGAGGCCGACCAGCAGCAGAUCCGCCUCAAGGACCUGGAGUCCCAGGUGUCGUGUUUGGAGAAGGAGGCCACUGAGCUCAGGGAGGCUGUGGAGCAGCAGAAAGUGAAGAACAACGACCUCCGAGAGAAAAACUGGAAGGCAAUGGAGGCGCUGGCCACUGCUGAGAGGGCCUGCGAGGAGAAGCUGCACUCCCUGACCCUGGCCAAGGAGGAGUCGGAGAAGCAACUCCGCCUGACUGAGACGCAGACCAGGGAGGCCCUCCUGGCUCUGCUCCCUGAACUCUCUGUCUCGGUACACCAGAGUUACACUGAGUGGCUGCAGGAGCUCAAAGAGAAAGGCUCUGAGCUGCUGAAGCAGCCACCAGCUACCACGGAGCCCCCUGCGGACCUGGCCUCCAAGUUAAGGGAGGCUGAGGAGACCCAGAGCACCCUGCAGGCAGAGUGUGACCAGUACCGCACCAUCCUGGGCGAGACGGAGGGCAUGCUCAAAGACCUGCAGAAGAGCGUGGAGGAGGAGGAGCAGGUGUGGAAGGCCAGAGUGGGCGCUGCAGAGGAGGAGCUGCAGAAGUCACAGGCCACAGUGAAACAUCUUGAAGAGAUUGUAGAGAAGCUAAAAGGAGAACUUGAGAGUUCAGAUCAGGUGAGGGAGCACACCUCGCAUCUGGAGGCAGAGCUGGAGAAGCACAUGGCAGCCGCCAGUGCUGAGUGCCAGAACUAUGCCAAGGAGGUGGCAGGGUUGAGGCAACUUUUAUUAGAAUCUCAAUCUCAGCUGGAUGCAGCCAAGAGUGAAGCCCAGAAACAAAGUGAUGAGCUCGCCUUGGUCAGGCAGCAGUUGAGUGAGAUGAAGAGCCACGUAGAGGAUGGUGACAUAGCUGGGUCCCCGGCUGCCUCCCCAGAGGCACCCCCAGCCAAGCAGGACCCUGUCGAGGUUAGGGCGCUAAAGACGCAGCUGGAGCGGACAGAGGCUGUCCUGGAGGACGAGCAGAUGCAGAGGCACAAGCUCAUGGCCGAGUUUGAGGAGGCUCAGACUGUGGCAUGUCGGUUACAAGAAGAGCUGGAGAAGCUCCGCUCCGCCGGGCCCCUGGAGUCUUCAGAAACAGAGGAGGCCGCGCAGCUGAAGGAAAGACUAGAAAAAGAGAAAAAGUUAACAAGUGACCUGGGGCGUGCUGCCACCAAACUGCAGGAGCUUUUGAAGACAACCCAGGAGCAGCUGGCACAGGAGAAAGACACAGUGAAAAAGUUACAGGAACAGCUGGAAAAGACAGAGGACGGUAGCAGCUCACAGGAGGGCACCUCUGUCUGAGCCUCCUCUGUGGAAAACGAAGUUACUGUUCAACUUACCAAAAUGCCUUACACAUUCCUUACAUAAACCAACCAACCAAUACAGCGUUAUCCAGGCCCAACUUCCGGUAGCUCCAAGAGAAGCCAUUCGAGACAAGAGUCUCUUAGAGCCACAGAAAUAGAUCUUCCAGACCCCCGUUUGUGAAAGAACCUUUGUCACAUUUGAUAAACACUAUUCCCGGGAGCAGCCCAGGACCGUGCCGCGCAGACGCCAAAGCCCUCGUCAGCCCUGUGCCAGCCCCCACGGGUGUGCCAGGAGGCCGCCGCUCUGGGGAUCUGUCCGUCAGUGCAAUUGUCUUUUCUCAGUGGGGCAGGGCCGGGAGGUGGCCGGGACCAGGUGGUAAGUUCUCGAAGGCUGUGGGGCAGACUGGAGGGCGCAGCCCAGCCCAGAGAGGCAGCAGCCCCACACCCCUCGAAGUUGCCAAGCAGAACUGACGUGUGACCUCCUGGAUGUUAAUGCCAUUAAAACCAACGUUGUUGCCCGGC